CUUCCUCUUCUUCUUUUAUCUACACUUCUCUUCCAUACCUACUGUGCUGAUUUAACGGCGUCAAAUGCUCACGAUUAUCUCCGCGAUGUCAGCGUAACGGACGCAACCCUUUUGACGCCGUCAACGUUGCUUCUGCUGUUGUCUUUCUUUCUACUCUGAAGUCUAUAAGUAUUAUCGCUUGUGAUUAUCCCACUCAUGUCUCGUGUUAUGGCGGAGAAUAACGUUUUACCAUUUAAUGAUCCGGCACCGUUUUAUACGCGCUCCAUGGAGCUUGAAGCUCGUCCGCGGACCACCUCCAACGCAAUCGGCGUGUCGCCAACUCUUGGACAGCUUUUGAAGCGGGUGGGAGAUGUUCGUAAAGAGGCUACCGGUGAUGAGACGCCGGUACACCAGGUUCUCGUCGAUGUUGAGGAGCCACGAUCGUUGCCGUUCGUUCUUAACUUCAAUAAUCUCACUUACAGUGUGAAGGUUCGAAGGAAGAUGAAGCUGCCAGGAUUUUUACGUCAUCGGAGUCAUCACAACGGUCUCGGAGCCGCCACUGCAGCUGACCCGGUUGCGGGGGAGAGCUUGUUUAGUAGAAGCAAGACUCUGCUCAACGACGUUUCGGGCGAAGCCAGGGAUGGAGAGAUCCUCGCCGUACUUGGCGCGAGCGGGUCUGGUAAAUCGACUCUCAUUGACGCGUUGGCGAAUCGGAUCGCGAAAGGAAGUUUGAAAGGAACAGUGAAUCUGAACGGAGAAGUUUUGGAGUCACGGAUGCUGAAAGUGAUCUCCGCAUACGUAAUGCAAGACGACCUGUUGUUCCCCAUGCUCACCGUCGAGGAAACCUUGAUGUUCUCUGCAGAAUUUCGUCUUCCUCGCACUCUAUCCAAGUCCAAGAAGAAGGCCCGAGUCCAAGCCUUAAUCGACCAAUUAGGGCUCCGUAACGCCGCCAAGACUAUAAUAGGCGACGAAGGCCAUCGCGGAGUCUCCGGCGGAGAACGAAGACGAGUAUCGAUCGGAAUCGACAUCAUUCACGAUCCGAUUCUCUUGUUCCUCGACGAACCGACCUCCGGACUCGACUCCACCAGUGCUUUCAUGGUAGUCAAAGUUCUCCAACGCAUCGCUCAGAGUGGCAGUAUCGUAAUAAUGAGUGUUCACCAGCCCAGUUAUCGGAUCCUCGGCUUACUUGAUCGCUUGAUAUUCCUCUCCCGUGGACAGACCGUUUACAGCGGUCCACCGACUGGCCUCCCUUCAUUUUUCGCCGAAUUCGGGCACCCGAUACCAGAAAAUGAGAACCGAACCGAAUUCGCCCUGGAUCUUAUCCGCGAACUGGAAGGCUCACCCGGUGGAACCAAAAGCCUCGUAGAGUUCAACAAAUCAUGGCAGAGCAAAAAACAUACAACCCCCGAACCUGACCGGCACGGAUUGUCCCUAAAAGAAGCCAUAAGCGCGAGCAUUUCCAGAGGCAAACUAGUCUCCGGCGCAACCAACGACGCUAGCCCAACCUCCAUGGUCCCAACAUUUGCGAACCCGUUCUGGAUCGAGAUGGCAGUUCUCUCAAAAAGAUCAGUGAAAAACUCCCACAGACAGCCAGAACUCUUCGGGAUUCGAUUAGGUGCAGUGAUGGUCACUGGAUUCAUCUUAGCUACAAUGUUCUGGCGACUCGAUAAUUCACCGAAAGGCGUACAAGAGAGGCUCGGAUUCUUCGCCUUCGCCAUGUCCACUACCUUCUACACUUGCGCGGACGCUCUCCCGGUUUUCCUCCAAGAGCGGUAUAUCUUCAUGAGAGAAACAGCUUACAACGCAUACCGUCGAUCUUCAUACGUGCUGGCCCACUCCCUCGUCGCAUUACCACCGUUGAUUUUCCUCUCAUUGGGCUUCGCGGCCUUAACGUUCUGGGCCGUGGGCCUACACGGUGGGCUAUCGGGCUUCUUAUUUUACCUCCUUAUCAUAUUCGCCUCCUUUUGGGCCGGAAGCUCGUUUGUCACAUUCUUAUCAGGCGUGGUCCCGCACGUGAUGCUUGGAUACACUAUCGUAGUAGCAAUCUUGGCUUAUUUUCUUCUGUUCAGUGGAUUCUUCAUCACCAGAGACAGAAUUCCUCCAUACUGGAUAUGGUUUCACUACAUGUCUCUUGUUAAGUACCCGUUCGAAGGGGUUUUACGGAACGAAUUCGACGACCCGAUCAAGUGUUUCGUUCGGGGUGUUCAGAUUUUCGAUGGGACUCCCCUCGGGGUCGUGCCUGAUUCAAUGAAAGUGAAGCUGUUGGGGACAUUGAGUGAGACAUUGGGGAUGAGGAUUACGAGCUCGAGUUGUGUGACAACGGGUCCGGACAUUUUGGUGCAACAAGGGGUAACGCAAUUAACCAAGUGGAAUUGCUUGAUAAUUACUGUGGCUUGGGGGUUCUUGUUUAGGAUACUGUUCUACUUGUCUCUCUUGAUAGGCAGCAAGAACAAGAGAAGAUAAACAAACACAACAAAAUCAGUGCAGAGAGGCAAAGACUGUUGCGAUGGUUUUCUUUUUCUUUUUUGUUAUUGCUUUUUUUUUUUUUGAUUUUUUUAAUUAUGUAAAAGUGUGAUACUACAAAUAUGAUGAUAUGAUAUAAUAAUUGUUCAGCAGCUCAUGUGAAACAGUGAAAGUAUUUUAUCAUAAAUUUUGAUUGAAUAA